AGAGUGUCAGUCGCUGGAGACGGCUCGUUUCGUCCUGCUCAGCCUGCGGGCAGUGUGUUAUUUGCUGUGCGUGUUUCCCUCGACAGGCAGGGCACACGUCCGAUUGAGGGGCUGACAUGGCACGCUCCUCCUCCUCGCUGCCCUCCUCGCUGGACUCCAACCUGCCGGGCAUCCCGCAGACGGUGCUGUCCGUCCCCGUUGAGCCCAAGUACCUGUGCCAGGCGUGCAGGCAGGUGCUGCGGAAGCCCUUCCAGGCACAGUGUGGGCAUCGCUUCUGCAUCCACUGUCUCAAAGAGCUGACCAGCUCGGGGCCCUGCCCUUGUGAGGCCUGCAAGCAGGAGGGGAUAUUUGAAGAGCCACAAUCUUUACUGGAUACAAACGCUGCUUUUCCAGACAACGCAGCACGGAGGGAGAUCGAGAACCUGCCGGCCAGCUGUGCCAACGAGGGCUGCACCUGGAAGGGGGUCAUCAAGGAGUACGAGAGCAGUCACGAGGGCAGGUGUGAGCUGGAGCGCGUGCAGUGUGCAGCCUGCAAGGCGCUGCUCCGCCGCAGCGAGCAGGAGCGGCACAGCGAGAGGGAGUGCGAGGAGCGGAACCUCAACUGCAAGUACUGCAAGGUCACCUUCAGCUUCAGGAACAUCAAGGCUCACGACGAGGUCUGUCAGAAGUUCCCGCUGCAGUGCGAGGGGUGUGGGAAGAAGAAGAUCCCGCGGGAGAAGUUCUCUGACCACAUCAGAUCCUGCGGGAAGUUUAAAGCCGCAUGCCGGUUCAGUGUGGUGGGCUGCAGUGCUGUGCUGGAGAAUGAGAAGCAGAGCGAGCACGAGCAGUCCAGCGCUCAGGAGCACCUGGCCCUGCUGCUGUCCGCGGUGAGCGGCCUGAGGCAGCUGGCGGCGCUGCCGGAGACGGACAUGGCCCUGGGUCUGUACCGGGCCCCCGAGGACGGGCCGCCCCCCAAGGCCGCCGCCUGGGCCGGGCUGGCGCAGAAGCUGGGCGCCCUGGAGAACAUCGUGUGCGUGCUGAACCGCGAGGCGGAGCGGAACGCACUCAAGCUGGAGGCCUUCGCCCGGCAGCACCGGCUGGACCAGGAGAAGAUCGAGAACCUCACCAACAAGGUGCGGCAGAUAGAGCGCUCCGUGGCCAUGAAGGAGCUGCUGCUGGCCGAGACGGAGCAGCAGUUGCGCGAGCUGGAGUACUGCACCUACGACGGCGUCUUCAUCUGGAAAAUCACCGACUUCACGCGCCGCCGCCAGGACGCCGUCGCUGGCCGCGCCCCUGCCUUGUUCUCGCCAGCCUUCUACUCCAGCAAGUACGGCUACAAGAUGUGCCUGCGCCUCUACCUGAACGGCGACGGCACGGGGCGCGGCACACACCUGUCCCUGUUCUUCGUGGUGAUGAGAGGCAAGAACGACGCCCUGCUCAAGUGGCCCUUCAGCCAGAAGGUGACCCUGAUGCUGCUGGACCAGAACAACCGGGAGCACAUCAUCGACGCCUUCCGGCCCGACGUCACCUCCUCCUCCUUCCAGCGGCCCGUCAGCGAGAUGAACAUCGCCAGCGGCUGCCCGCUCUUCUGCCCGCUGUCCAAGCUGGGGGGCAAGAGCUCCUACCUGCGGGACGACACCAUCUUCAUCAAGGCCAUCGUGGACCUGACCGGGCUGUGAGGCUCGGGUACUGGUGCCGCCCGGCCCGUCAGAGCUCCCCUGGGCGCCGCGACCUCUGACCCGGCUGGCAGGGCUGUGCAGCUGGAGCUGGCACCCAGCUUGGCACAGAGGCCAGGCAGUGUGAGUCAGGCUGCUGAUAGUGAGAAUGACACAACAACCUGGAUUUACCUGGCUAGAUAGAGAACUGGAACAUACUGUAUAAAUAGAAGCAAAGUCUUGGCGCAGAUGUGGCUCCUCUGCAGGCCUGGGAGAACGUGGGGGCGCAGGUCCCCUCUGAGGGCAGGCAGGUCCGCACCGCCAGUGAGGGAGGGGGAGCCCCACAGACUCAGACCUUGGUGCGAGAGGGAGAACAGGAAAAAAUAAGAAAUGCGGUACACCCCCUUAAACGUCACACGCUGUCAUUUCUUCAAACACAGAAACAAGUUAUGAGUCGUCGCCCGCUUGCUGUAAGGAGAAAUAAGUGGGAGCAGAGGCUGAGUGUUUGGUUCUGAGCUGUUGGAAAGUGACUCGGGGACGGUCCCCACCGCCACCUCCACCCCUCGGCUCAGGCAGCCUCAGCCCAGCACCGCGAGGGGGAGAAGAGCAGUGAGCGCCUGUCUGAUCGUCAGCGGGACGGUCCCGGGUUCCAGCAGCCCGUGUGCUUCUCGUAGUGCUCCUCCUGCCUCUCAUUCUCCUCACCACAGCCAGAGACCUGUUAGGAAUAAUGAUGAUAUUAUGUCUAAUAAUGAUAAAUAUAUUAUUUGUGCACAGUGGCUGUGCACAAUUAUUGUGGGGAUUUACUGGGAAAGCUUUAGAGAGGGGAAUUUUGACUGAGCAGUGGGCGUACAGCACCCAUGCAGGAGGAGAGCUCAGGUGGUUUGGUCCAGGUGUUGGCGUGGCAACGCCUCACUGGAUACAGGGUGGCCUUGACUAAAAUCUCCAUCAGCACCCGAGCCCCGAGACAAACACUGAAGUGAAUUCAGUGUGCUCUCUGGGCAGACCCUGCUCCGGCAGGCGUGUCCCGCGGCAGGUUCUCGUACACAGCUCAAAAAGACAAAGCAAAAAAGUCAGGAUGUUUAAUAUGAACCUCUGUAACACCUGCGCUCGGCAUCCGUACAGCAGCCUACAGCCAGCAGUCGUGGGGCCCAGCUGUGCAGCGGGGGUCUAAGCUGCAUUCUGCACUCGACGUGCUUCUCAAGGAGGCGGAGAGAAAGAGAGAGGCAGACAGGGAGUCCUAUUCUCCACAUAGAACCAAAAAAACACAAUUCUCUGCUUACUGGAAAAAAAAAAAACUUUAAUUAGCAAUUUAACAAAAACUUAUGUGUGGGAAAUUUCAGCAGUUUCCUGGAUCAAACUUAUCACACCCUGUGAGCGGACAGUGGUCGGUCUGCGCGAUACCGGGGGUAGGGGGCGCCAGUGAGCUGCCAAUGAAGUGGAUCCAUUGGGCAGAGGCGUGAAGACAGUGAGGGGUCUGGCCCGGCCAGCUCCAGCUGUUCGCUCUCUCUCCUUCUCUCCCAGCACGCAGCAGGGCAGGCCCAUACCAGAUCAUUAACCAUCUAUAUUUCAUACUCUUAAUGAUAAUAAUAAUUAUAAUAAUAAUAAAUCUGUGAGUUCAUUAUGCAUGCAUUUUACAUAAUGAAUUAUAUUUUUAAGGACUGGGGAAUAACAAGGACAGAGAGAGACAGGAGAGCUCUGUUACAAAAGAUAGAUGGAAACGAGGUUGAGAAACCAAAAAAUGAUAGAAUAUGAAGUAUAACUCACAAAAAAAGCCGUCUGUUAUUGAACAUGGUGCAGUCGCUUGUGUAAGACUUAGUUUCAGUGUGCUACAGUGUAACAGAGAGGAAACUACAGUACUAUUACUGCACAGAUGUCCAGGUAUAGCAUAAAGAGACCCCAAAACGACACUUACAAAAACAGCACUGAUUUAUUUAAAAUAUAAUAAGAAAUCUAACAAAGAAUAUUAAAAAAACUAAAAAGCAAAAAAACAUAUAGCUAAAAUUCAAUUCAAUUUAUUUUUAUAUAGCGCCUUUCACAACAAGGUUGCCCCAAGGCAUUUAACAAGCAAGUGACCAUACUGUGCAUGUAGUGAAUACAGAAAAUGUGUAUGUUGCCUACAUAACACAGUAGAAGCAGGGCUAUUAAGAAAUUAUGUAUUUAAGAGUUUAUGUAUUUAGUGUUGUCAGGAAGAGGCCAGAUCACAGCAUCCAUCGUUCUGUCACCCCAGGGCUGUGCUCUGGGCACAGUGAGAGCGUGUGGGAGCUGUGAAGUCUCACUUCUGCUGUCCAAGAGGCACAGAGCCUGUAACCCACACCUCUGAACAUCUAGCUGCAGGAGUCCUAGUUAAUUACAAAGGCUGGUACCUGGGUAAAUGGAAAAAAUGAUCUAAUGCAAGCUAAUCCUUGGAUUAGGAUCCAUACUUAAUAUUUAAUAUAUGUUUUGCUUAAUAGGCUUAAUGCAAUGGACAUUAACGUCUCGGUGCCUGUUUUUUUUUAGAUCAUUUUAUCGAAUUGUACUUUGCGUUCCAGAUACCUAGAGUGCUACUAAUUGAUCUGUUUCAAGGUCUGUCGGGUGGCGAUCACCUUGGAAGACACUCUGUUCAGACUCUACUCACGGCAGUGUAUCGUAUAUUUAUUUCAUUAAACAGUUUCAUCAGUGCCA